AUGUCACUGAAGAAUCGUACUGUAUCCGGUCCCGAGAGAAUCAACCUCGAACAUGUGAAGUGCCUACCGCCAGUCCUUAUCAACAUGCUUGUGAGGCUUUUCACUCGUUUUCCGUUGGACUGCAAGGCUCCUAAAGAAUGGAAAACCAGCAGAAUCGUGAUAUUGUACAAGAAAGAUGACACGCAGGACAUUGAAACGUGGGCGCUUCGCAAGCAGGAGGAAAAUGUGAUCAGCGUCAUAGAACGCGGAAUUGAAUGCGUGAUGCUAGGAGUAACCUGCGUUAUGCAAUUGAAAGAAGGGAUUCGAAGUUCACUUCUACGUCACCGAUGGAAAAUCAGAGACGCUACCGCUUAUGCCAAGGAAAGCAAGAUUAGAGUCACAACUGAUAAUGACUUACUUGAUCGUGGUAGUAUUACCGCCUGGCGCCGUCGCGUGUAUCUUCGCCGAGGCGAGUCCCGUUUGAGCACAACCCUGCCCAACCUUCUCGAUCUUCAGCAAGAGCUCGCACAAAAUCCAUCCAUUCGUCAAUGUGAGUCUGCGAGUCUUGGCGUCACGCAUGAACUGCCAUCAACAGCGAGUGACAUAAGCGUCGACAAUGGCAGUUCAGUUUAA